AUAUCAUCUAUACUAUAUCUCCAUUCGAGUAUCCUAUCGCUAAUUUUAAAAGCGUUCCAAUUAUCAUCAAUCUUUGGUGCCUGAGAUUUAACAUGCACAGCCUCGCAAACUUCCUUAGUAUCUUCGGGCAUGAAAAAGUUGGAAAGUUUUGGUAACAUAUCCUUCUCUUGUGGUUCUGGAUCCUUACUUCGCAUAACGCUGGAAGAAAGUGGACCAAAGUGGAUUGGCUUGUAUGUAAUAAUGAAGCCAGCACGUUCAAAUACUCCAGCUCUUAAGCCAAUCGGUCGAGCGAAAGGAUCAAAUACGAUAUCUAAAGAUCCUGUGCAAGUUUAUUGUCGUUUAAGACCCAUGCAAUCUUCAAUGGAUGUAUCAUGCAUGAGAGUUACAUCUGAUACAACAGUUGUGAUAACGCCUCCGGAAUCGGCAGUCAACUUUCGUACUAUAACUAAAGAGAUACAAACGACGUUCAGUCAUGUAUUUACAUUUAAUGUGACGCAGAAAGAGAUAUUUAAAAUGGUCGCCCUUCCUUUGGUUGAAAAUCUUAUUCACGGGAAAAAUGGUCUUCUCUUUACAUAUGGUGUAACAGGUAGUGGAAAAACAUAUACGAUGACUGGAGAACCCCAGGAUGCUGGUAUCAUGCCUCGGUGCUUGGAUGUCCUUUUUAAUACUAUUGCUAAUUACCAAACAAAAAAGUUCAUUUUUAAACCAGAUAAAUUGAAUGGUUUUGAUGUACAAAGCGAGGCUGAUGCUAUGCUGGACAGGCAACAUGAACUUCACGCAGGUCUAUCUGUCCAAAGAACUGGGAGAUUUGGCAAACAUCAUAAAAUAGACAAUGAUGGAGAUAGUAAUCCAAUGGUACUUCACAAACAUAACAAAUCGCAAAAUGUGAUGGUUGAAUCAGAUAAUGCUUACUCUGUAUUUAUCACGUAUGUUGAAAUAUACAAUAACAACGUAUACGAUUUGUUGGAUGAAGAUUAUAUCAGGACCAAGACAUUGCAGAGUAAAAUUGUUAGAGAAGAUGGUAACAAAAAUAUGUACGUACAUGCUGUCACAGAAGUUGAAGUAAAAAGUGCAGAGGAAGCUUUUGAGCUAUUUCAACGUGGACAACGAAAAAGACGUGUUGCACACACGGCAUUGAAUGCAGAGUCGAGUAGGUCGCAUAGUGUUUUUACCAUCAGACUUGUACAGGCACCUUUAGAUUGUGAAGGUGAGCAUGUAAUGCAAGACAAACGAGUAGUGUGCAUAAGUCAAUUAUCUCUAGUAGAUUUGGCAGGUAGUGAGCGAACAAAUCGCACUAAAAAUACUGGUCAACGUUUACGAGAAACAGGAAAUAUUAAUAACUCUCUAAUGACUCUACGAUCGUGUUUGGAAAUUUUGAGAGAGAAUCAGAAUCAGAAUACAAAUAAAAUGGUUCCUUAUCGAGACUCCAAGCUUACACAUUUAUUCAAAAACUAUUUUGAUGGAGAAGGACAGGUCAAGAUGAUAGUUUGUGUAAAUCCAAGAGGAGAUGAUUAUGACGAAACAAUUCAAGUGAUGAAAUUUGCGGAAAUGACUCAAGAAGUUCAUGUUGCGAGGUCUAAUCCUGUAAAAUUGGACCUCGGUCUGACUCCUGGCAGAAGACAAGCAAAUAAGAUAUUCAAAGAAGCAAGAGGUAAAUUGGAGAAAGAGGGUCGACCAGAAGCUGCUGAUUUAAUCAUUGAUUUAGGCCUAGUCUACAGUUUGGGCGGACCAUUUCCUCAAUUGAAAACUGUUACUUCGGAUAAUGAUAUAAUACAAUCUUUAAUACACUUCUUGGAACAACGAAUCAACAAGCGCAACAUACUUCGUGCGGAUUUGCAAAAGAAACAGGAGGACUUUAGACGGAUAUUAAUGAGAAUAGAACAAGAAAAUGUAAAAUUAAACGUUGACGUAGCUUCGUUAAAGGCUGCAAAUACACAACAACAAAAAAGAAUAUCGGCAUUAGAGGGACACCUCUGUGAAGCAAAAGAGCAAAUUUAUGAACUUGUAUGUAAAUUAAACGAUGCUAAUGAAAUGGUACGAAGUUUACAGCAAAAGGUGAAAGAUCGAGACUUGGCAUUAAAUCAACGUUUAAUAGAUAAGCAAAGAGUGAAGCAGAGAUAUAAUACAAAGAUGCAAGUCGAGACAGAUAAAAUGAAUAGAGAGCUAGAGGUAAAACUGCGUCAACAGCGUGAACAUCUUCAGAAUCAAAUGAAGGAGAAAGAAGACAAGUUACGAUUGGUAAAACAAAUUUUAGUCGACGAUAACGAUAUUAAUCUUGCAAUAACAGGAAUAAAUUCGAAGGAAAAAGUUUCAGAAUUAACAACAAGAGUAGUAGUCAGUUCAGAUAAAGAGGCCAGAAUAUCACGAAAGGAUAGAAUACCAAUUUCAAAUCCGAAGUAUAGACGAUCGCAAAGUGCUGACAGAUGGAUCGAUCAUAGACCUCAGACCCUUGUGCCAAUCGGGACUGUACUGCAACCAAUGAUGCAAAGACGACGUAGCGUGACGCAACUUACUUCCCCAAAAGAGAUUACGGAUGGCGCAUCUAGAUAUUGCCUUGUCGCACAAGAGCGCGAUACAGAUGGAGAACUUGAGACGAAAUUAUACAAGGGCGACAUAUUGCCAACGAGUGGUGGUGGAGCACAAGUGAUAUUUAAUGAUAUGGAGUGUUUGAAACAAUCGUCACCGAGGGCGAGGAAACGUACUGGACCUCUAAAAGAAGGAAAGGAUCAAGUAGAUAGUAUUUCUACGUUGACGCACACAGAAACGAAAAGACCAAGAGUAAUUGGCCUCCGUAACUGAACGUGUUACAUUUGCUCAAUAGCACAGGGAAGACGAAAUAUCCAAUAUAUUUUUCUUUGUAUUAUUAUUACAGCACUCAUACAGCAUGUAUAACAAAAACAUAUGACUUACAAGGGAACCUCGCGAACUCGAAAAUUCAGAUUUUAAUGAAACUAAAUGUAGAAGGGGCAUAAAUGUAGAA